UCUGACAGAGACAUUUCUCAUACACUGUGUUUAUGUGUUUAUAUCCUAUAACUGUUUACAAAACAGUGCGAGGAACAGCUGUGUUUUGCAGUAGAUUUUAUUGUGAAUUCAGUUAUACAUACUCUAGGUGGGACGACAUUUUCGGUUAUAUUUUCCUGGAUUCACAAGCGGCUUUUCUUUCAUCUGGAUGAGAGGACCCUUACUGCAUUUUUGUUCCAGCAACGUGGACUCUGAGCUCUACACGGGAGACUGGAGAGUCAUACAAACGGAAUAAUAUUGCUGAAACGAACUAAAACGAAGAACACAAACACGUCGUAAACCACUGGUGGAUAUAUCCUUAAAAGAAUGCUUCUGUCCAAGCUGAAUUCUCUUGCCCACAUCUCCACCGUAGACAUGCCGGCGAAAAUGCAGCACCAAGUUCAUCAAGGGAAGGAGAAGGAGCCCUUCGAGAAGCUGUAUCAGGUCGGCGCGGUGCUGGGUAGCGGGGGCUUCGGCACCGUCUACACCGGUACGAGGGUGGCUGACGGAGCUCCGGUUGCUGUCAAACACGUAGGCAAGGACAGAGUCUCCGAGUGGGGAGAGCUGCCUAAUGGCUCGCGGGUCCCAAUGGAGAUCGUGCUGUUGAAGAAAGUGAGCUCGGGCUUCAGCGGCGUUAUCAAAAUGCUGGACUGGUACGAGCGACCGGACAGCUUCAUCAUCGUAAUGGAGAGGCAGCUGCUAGAGGCCGUGCGCCACUGCCACAACAGCGGCGUGGUGCACCGCGACAUCAAGGAUGAAAACAUCCUAAUCGACCUCCGCACCGGGGAGAUCAAGCUCAUCGACUUUGGGUCCGGAGCCCUGCUGAAAGACACCAUUUACACAGACUUUGAUGGCACAAGAGUGUACAGCCCACCAGAGUGGAUCAAAUAUCACCGCUAUCACGGGCGCUCUGCCACAGUUUGGUCUCUGGGUGUCCUGCUGUACGACAUGGUGUGUGGGGACAUUCCAUUUGAACACGAUGAGGAGAUCACAAGAGGGCAGGUCCUCUUCCGGAGAAGAAUCUCAACAGAAUGCCAGCAGCUGAUCAAGUGGUGUCUUUCUCUGCGGCCCGCCGAUCGCCCCUCCUUCGAGGACAUCAUCGAUCACUCGUGGAUGCAGAGCACAUCCUCUUCAGUCAUCCCGUCCACAAUGCAGACGGAGAAGGCGGAGAUCCGGCUGCACAGCAUCGCCCACGAGCCCACCGCCUUCACGCCAACUCCCGUACCCGCGGCUCGGUGAUGGAGGCAAACAGGACUGUACUGAACUGAGACUUUUACUAAAGUAACAGACUUGAAGCAGAGAGGAGGGGCGGGGCGCUGCAUGGGCUGGCCGUCCUGACACAGGCACGAGUAAGGUGUCAAAGGACUAAAAGAAAACUAAGGUCAUGACUACACAAUCAUGGCUUGUUUUCAACCUGGAGCGCUCUCUGCCCCUCAUCACCCCAAACUACUUGAUUUCCCCCCGCUGUUGGGUGUUUAUCAGACUGUAGUAGGGCCUGCUCUGCGCUGACAGUACAUGCGCUCGCUGAAUGGCUGCGUUAUGUAACCUCUCGCUGCACUGCUGCAUCUCUCUGGGAUGAGCAGAGGUGCAAGAGGAAUAAAAAAGAAGUGCCUUCUGUGAGAUUGUUGGGGGGACCCUGAAAAUACUUGAAAGCAAAAAAAGGCUCCUUGUCUGAGACCUUUUUUUUUAGCACCUUACAAGGCUUUAUAUUGUUUCCCUCUCAUGGGCCUAGAUCAGCAAAGCCUAUGUCAUUUACAACCACUGCUAUCACUCCCAUGUGAUUAGCAACCUCAUAGCAACGUGUGCAAACAAAAAAAAGAAACACUGGACUUACCUCCUUCUUUUUACUACAUAUCCACCUCCUGUCUACAACUCCACUUCCUCUGAGGCGGUUCAAAUCCACCUGAAUGCACACCACAAUGCAACCAUACAAAAACACAACAUCCUCUGCUCUUCACUUCAAAAAAAUGUUAACGUUCAAACAGUGCCUCACACUUAAAUAUUCAGUGGGGACAAGCAUUGUAAAUAAUAAUAACGAUAUUUAUUAUUGCCGUGACUUAAACAUUUAAUGAACACAGAAUUUAUUUAUUUAUCUAUGAGAGAAUUUUUUUGGCUGUGUGUAUUUCAUUCCACAGUCACUGAAGGGUCCACGUAUUAUUUAAAGAGAUAAACAAAGAUUUUUUAUUUCUGACCAUAUUUAUGGCAUGGAAUUAUUUUUUAAAGAGCAGAUGUUUGUGUGUAUGUCAUCUAUAUAACAUGUAAAUAGUCCCAAAAAUCACUUCCAUCUUAAUGUCUCUGAACAUUGGACGUCUACUGAUGGUAACAGUUUUUGUUACGCUGUUGUCUGCUGAGGGAGCGAGUGAAUUCUGAAUGUGUGUGAGAAUGAGAAAACCUUUUUGUUUUCUAGACUGCAGGUUGGAUUGUUUUUUUCAUCAAUUCGAACUAGAAUUGUAAAUGAUUUUAGAAACAAUUUUUAUACGAUUUCAAUAAAUAUUUUUUUAACAAUGA